UUCUUUGUUUUAAUCGAUUGUGGAACAAACAACUGGUAGAGAAUUCUUCGAAAGUGUGAAUUAAUAAAUGCCACUUUCGAUCUGUGGACGAGGAAAACACAAGACUAGGACCCCACUGAACUGAUUGAUAUUCAAGUUGGUGAGUAGAAGAAGGUACACGUGGUUGGAUCCAACACAGAGCUGCGGAUUGAGCUUAAGCUCUCAUUGGUCUGAAAUCUAUCCAUGGUGCUUGGGAAGAUUUCGUCUCCAGAUUUACAAACCCACCCACCUUUAGAUCCUUAUUUGGCACUCGACAACAACUGACGCAAAUUUGAGAGGAAAAAUGGCUGCAGCUACAUCCGGUGCAGUGCUAAAUGGGUUGGGAUCUUCCUUCUUGCGCGGAGCGAGGAGAAGCCAGGCCUUCUUGGCUGGUGCUGCGAGAGUGGAUGGAGGUGGUGCCAUUGCUGGUACCAGGAAGUUGGUGGUUGCAGCCGCUGUUCAGCCUAAGAAGUCUUGGAUUCCUGGUGUCAGAGGCGGUGGCAACUUGAUUGACCCGGACUGGUUAGAUGGCACGCUUCCAGGUGACUAUGGUUUCGACCCACUCGGCCUAGGCAAGGACCCAGCAUUCCUGAAGUGGUACCGAGAAGCAGAGCUAAUCCAUGGCAGGUGGGCUAUGGCGGCGGUGGUCGGAAUCUUCGUGGGGCAAGCAUGGAGCGGCAUCCCGUGGUUUGAGGCCGGAGCAGCUCCCGGUGCCGUUGCACCAUUUUCAUUCGGGUCCCUCUUGGGCACUCAGCUUCUCCUCAUGGGUUGGGUGGAAAGCAAGCGGUGGGUGGACUUCUUCAACCCAGAGUCACAGUCCGUGGAAUGGGCGACGCCAUGGUCAAGAACCGCAGAGAACUUUUCGAACUCCACCGGCGAACAGGGGUACCCAGGAGGCAAGUUCUUUGAUCCACUGGGGUUUGCAGGGACGCUGAAUAAUGGUGAGUAUAUUCCUGAUACUGAGAAGCUUGAGAGACUCAAAUUGGCUGAGAUUAAGCAUGCUAGGCUUGCUAUGGUGGCUAUGUUGAUCUUCUAUUUUGAAGCUGGACAAGGCAAGACGCCACUUGGUGCUCUUGGAUUGUAGAAAGCUAGAAAAUUGAAAUCGUGUAUUGUAGAUACAAUUCCAGAGACCAGAAAUUCAAAAUCCCCAACUUUCCUUGCA